GAGUGACUCAUGAAAUCUCAACGAUGAGCAAUGAAUAUAUUCAAACCAGCGAAUUUCCUGCGCCAGUUAUCUCCAUGCAGCUUAAAUUAGACUUUAAGAUCACUUGCGAUUUCCUACUGUUUGAUGUUUAUGAUGAUAACAGUACUCUCAACAAUUGCUCAGCUUAUAUAACACAGCCUACACUUAAUCCAGUGAAUGGCCAAUAUACGAGAAAGUUUGAUCCAAAGAAUCUCUCUUUUCCUACUAAUCAAACAUCUGAACGCUUGAAAAGAAUCCUUUUCAAGUUUGAUGUUAUCAAUGAUACUAUUGUAGAUGGUCUUGACUUUCCAGUUUUUACAAUUAACGCUCUUUUGUUAUAUCAUGCUUCCAUAAAAAUAGACAACACGGGACGCAAUGCUACAUAUUACAAAUCAGCUGCAUCAGGGUUUAUGAUUGAUCCUAAUGAUUUUGUGAUUGAUACACAAACCGAAGUCAAAAAUAAAAGUGUGGUGUCUGUGAUUUCAAACAUUUUGGCUAUGGGAGUUAAUGAUGAUUUGGAAAUUCAAUAUAAUGAUCUGAAAGAUCUGAAAGAUCUGAAAGAUUUUCUUGAUAAGCACAUUUAUGAUGCUAAAAUUAAA